UUCCGACUUCUACUUUGUUGAAGAAGAAAUGGAGAGGCACUUCUACCAAUACUUUUUUUUUAAUUAUUAUAUUUCAUUAGUGGUUACUCCAUUACUAGCACUCAAAUUUUGUCAUAUAUAAGUCCCCACUCUCCAACGGCUAUCCACAAAUAGCCCUUAUGCAUUAGAUAGUGAAGACUGGUGUAAAGUUGAAACAGAGAGAUAUGCUGAAGAAGAUGAUGGCGAUGGCGGCAUCCAGAGUUAAGGUGAUCAAGGAUACGACGAGAGCCAUCGAGACUCGCCUCAUCAUACAAUGGCUUCUCUUGCGGGGGGACAAGAGGAUGGUCCGCCACCUCUUCCAUAGGAGGAAUCGUGUUAAGCAGUUUGAAAAAUUCGAGGAGGGUGGUGAUGUUUUCCUACCCGAUGAUUCAGAGUUCAUUGAAAGCAACUCUGUUGCUACGUCUCCAGCCAGUGUGGUUCAGGUAGCCGAGGAGAUGGACGAUGCCAUGAAUAUGGAAGAUGACUACUAUGAUGAUGCAUAUCCACUGGAGACGAUGAGGGAGGAGCAAGAGGAGGAAUUCAAAUUGGAGGAUGAUAUAGACAAGGUGGCUGACCUCUUUAUCCAAAGAUUUCAUCACCGGAUUUGGUUGCAGAAGCAGCAAUCUGAUGAAGUGAUCCAUGCUUGAGGCUAGGCCCUCUCUCUCUCUCUUAUCAGUAUGGCAUCAUGGGAUACAUAAAAGUAUCCUGCAUGUAUUUAAUGUUAGCAGCAACAUAUAUGACAAUUAUUGGGUAAUUUUGGAUGGAGAAGCAAGCCCAUUGUGCAA